AUGUCUCGAAAGGAGUUGUCAGUAUCAUCAAUUAGUUUUGUUAGCGCAUCAUUAGGAAAAAAUAAAGAAAAAGAAGUUACAGAGAUGAUUUCGUCAUCAAAUAGUAUGAAAGGAAUUUAUGAAGAAUCAAAUAUAUUUAUUUCAUCAUUAGAUCAUCAUAGAUCGUUUUCUUUAAAUACGGGGAUGGGUUGUUUAUCGGAAGGAUUUACGGAAUUGAUUGAACCGUUUGAUCAUCUUUCAUUAUGUCGAUCAACGGAAUUUUUUCGGGAAUUACAGCCGCCUCCAAGAAUUUCGUCUGCACCUUGUUAUUACCAUGGAAAAUAUCUUACGUUAAAUGGUUUAAGUAAAACAUUGCCACCUAAACCAGAAGUUGUUUAUAACUUUGAUACGGAUCCUUCAACACCUAAUAAACAUGGUAUAUCUAGAUCGUUAGUGUCUUCAUAUACGCCAUCAUAUACACAUACAUCAAAUAUUUCGAACCAUACAUGUGCUAGGUUUGGUUCAGGACUAAAAUCAAAGAUUUUUAGGAAUCGAUCAUUAAGCAUAGGUUUCCAACAACUUAUAAGUCGAGAAGGAAUUAUUAAAUUGAAGGAACGGUAUAUUUAUCGUAAUACUUAUCAUGGUUUUAGAAAGAAAGAUAUUGGUUCGGGAUCUACAGCAACCGUUCAAGUAGUUAGUCUUAAACCUGGAUGCCAUUCAACAAUCGAAAGUAAUGGAGGUGAUUCUGGCCUUUUUGCAGUCAAGACAUUUCGGAAAAAAAGCAGGUCAGAAAGAAAGGAAGAUUAUCUUAAAAAACUUGCUAGUGAAUGGACAAUCCAACAACGAGUUAAUCAUCCGAAUGUCGUACGUGCAGUUGAUCUUUGUUUGGAUGAUCAUACUCUUACAGCAGAUUCGUGGUGUGAAAUAAUGGAAUUUUGUGCAGCAGGCGAUCUUCAUUCUCUCAUUAAAUCCAUGGUUGACUGGACCGCAGAACCGGAGCCGAAAGAAAUGGCACCAACCCUUAGAAAUUGCCUUUUUAAGCAAUUACUUCGAGGAGUUAAUUAUUUACAUUCCGAAGGAAUUGCACAUAGAGAUAUCAAACCUGAAAACUUACUUCUUAACUACAAUGGUAUUCUCAAAAUUACCGAUUUUGGAACAAGUGAUGUAUUAUUUAAUAAAAACUCUCCUAAUGGUGAAAAAAAUAUUAAGAAAUGCCGUGGGAUAUGUGGAAGUGACGCUUACAUUGCACCUGAAGUAUUUAUGCAAAAAGAAUAUGACGGCUUCAAAGUGGAUAUUUGGUCUUGUGCGAUUGUUUAUUUUUGUCUUACCUGGGGUGGAACCCUUUUUGUUAAAGCAAUACCUGGCGAUAAACAUUAUGAUAAUUAUUUAGAUGCUUUUAAGAAAUUUCACGCAAAAUUUAUAAAUUCUUCCGACUCAACAUCAUGUUCAAAUUUUAAUUUACCCUCUCAAACAAGUAUUGAAUCUUCAAUCGCAUUCUCAACAUCAGUACCAACAGUUUCAAAUUUAAUAGAUCUAUCUCCAUUACAUUCUCCUAUGCAUACAGUUAAUGGAAUUAAGGAUGAAAAACUUCCGGCAUAUCCACCUUUUAAACACUGGAAAGCAUGUGCUCAACAUACUAUCUAUAGGAUGCUCAAUCCAGAUCCUGAUGAACGUUUAACAGCAGAAGAAGUAUUAGCUUCUAAAUUCGUUCAAAGAAUAGAAUGUUGUUGCUCAGAUAAAGCGCAGGAAGUUGAUUCUCACGGAAAAGUGGAUGUAUCUAAUAAAGAUUGUUUUAAACAAAUGGAAACAAGGGUAAAACAUGACCAUAUUCCGUUGGAUCUAUUAAGGAAACUUAAGAAAUCAUCAUUCACAAUAAACGAAAAACACCGUUAA